CCUUGUUGCUGGUUCACUGUCCAAGUCCAACCAACCCAUCCCACCACCGCCAUCGCCAUUUUUCAUCCUCUUCUCUCUGUUACAGCCUACAGAGCACGUUGACUUAAUUGAGCCCCGGCUUUUUCUUUUGCUCAUAAACUCAAGAAUCUCAACAUGGACGAUGACUGGGAUGAUGGUCCUUCAACUCCUGCUGCUCCCCCCGCAUCUUCCUUUCAGUCUGAUUUUGGAAGCAGAGUAGGAAAAGGACGAGGAUUCGACCCCGUCGAUGACGACAACGGUGGUGGAUUCGGAGGAGGCGGUGGAUUUGGAGGCAGAGGCGGUGGCCGAGGAGGAGGGUUCGGAGGAAGAGGAGGAGGUCGUGGUGGCGGAUUCGGAGGAGGCAGAGAUGAUGACAGAGGAGGUGGUGGUGGUUUUGGAAGUAGAGGCGGCGGCGGAUUUGGAAGUAGAGGCGGAAGCAGAGGUGGCGGAGGAUUUGGAGGAGGUGGAAGAGAGGGGGAUUGGAAUUGCCCUAAUUCUGAGUGUAACAACAGCAAUUUUGGCUGGCGCAAACAAUGCCAGAAAUGUGAGACUGACAAACCGGAUGAUGGAAACAGUGGUGGUGGUGGCGGAUUCGGAGGCGGAGGCAGAGGAGGCGGGGGAUUUGGAAGCAGAGGAGGCGGAGGAUUUGGAAGCAGAGGUGGCGGCGGAUUUGGAGGAGAUGAUAGGAGUAGUAACGGACGUUAUGGAUUCAAGAACGACGAUGAAGAUGAAGGAGGUUCCUUUGGUGGUGGCAGGGGGAGGGGAGGUAGAGGAGGUUUUGGCGGCCGAGGUGGUAGAACUGAGAACGGAGACGGUGAAGGUAGGAGAGAGGGAGACUGGAUAUGUCCCGACACCGAAUGCGGGAACAGCAAUUUCGCAUUUAGAAGCAAAUGUCAAAAGUGUGAGACUGAGAAACCUGGCGGUGGAGACGAAAAGCCUCGACCUGAGUUGUACAUCCCACCGGAACCAAAGGAAGACGACGAAUCCUUGUACGGAGGUGGAAUCUCUAGUGGUAUCAACUUUGAUGCCUACGAAAAUAUCAAAGUCAAAGUGACUGGAAAUAACAAAUUGGAGCCACUCAGAGAGUUUGAUGACGCAAAUCUGCGCCCGUUGCUGAUGGACAACAUCCGCAAGUCCGGCUACAAGAAGCCAACUCCCAUACAGAAACAUGCGCUCCCAUAUGUGUUGGCAGGGAGAGAUCUCAUGGCCUGCGCCCAGACCGGGUCUGGAAAGACGGCCGCAUUCUUGAUUCCGAUGAUACACAAGUUGAUGAACGAACCAUCAGAUCUAGUCUUUGACGGUGAGACUUGUGAACCUCAGGUGGUAAUUGUUUCACCGACCCGAGAAUUGACGAUUCAAAUUUUCGACGAGGCGAGGAAGUUCGCCAAAGGAUCCAUUCUGAAAAUAUGCAUCUCCUACGGAGGAACUGGUACCAACUACCAGGUUUCAAAGCUAAUCAACGGUUGCCACAUCCUGGUCGCUACUCCAGGCAGAUUGAAUGACUUUGUGAACCGAGGCAAAGUGAGCUUCGGAAGCGUAAGGUUCUUUGUUCUUGACGAAGCUGACCGUAUGCUUGACAUGGGUUUUCUGGAGGACAUGAAAAAGAUGUUGGACCAUCCAUCCAUGAUCAAGACCGGUGAAAGACAGACACUCAUGUUCUCCGCAACAUUCCCUGAGGAGAUACAACAUUUGGCAGCCAACUUCCUCAAUGAUUAUCUUUUCUUGGCAGUCGGCAUUGUGGGUGGAGCUUGUGCUGACGUCGAGCAAGUAUUUUAUCAGGUUGCUCGAAACGAAAAACGGAACAAACUAAGAGAACUGCUUAUGCAGAACGAUGACAAGGUGUUAGUCUUCGUAGAGACUAAGAGAAACGCAGAUUUCAUCGCAGUCUACUUGUCAGAACAACAGAUCCCAACGACAAGUAUUCACGGAGACAGACAACAAAGAGAACGUGAAACGGCUUUGAAUGAUUUCAAGUUCAACAGGAUGAGGGUGUUGGUGGCUACAGCUGUAGCUGCUCGAGGACUGGAUAUCAAGGGUGUAGGCCAUGUAAUAAACUAUGACAUGCCCAAAUCAAUUGAUGAGUACGUCCACCGCAUUGGUCGUACUGGGAGAGUGGGCAACCGAGGAAAGGCUACGUCCUUCUACGAUGCUGACGCAGACAGUCCCUUGGCACCUGACCUUGUAAAGAUCCUACAGCAAGCUGGACAAGAAGUGCCUGAAUGGUUGGACUCAGGAUCUUACGGAGGCGGCGGCGGCUACCAGGGCAGAGGAUUCGGAGGACACGAUUACCGAAAGGCGGACUCAUUCAACAGUGGGCCUCAACCACAGGCCGCAGAAACCGAAGAAGUAUGGUGAUUGUUCAAACUGGUGUGUGUGUGUGUGGUGAUUUUCCUAAUCGUGAGCAAAACGUGGCGGACUGUGAUUUUUCAUGUGAUACAUGCAUUCCUGGGUCCUGCGGAGGCAAGACUGAAAAAAACAUUAGUGCCUUUGUUAGUGGAACAGAUCUUGUUUUGAGAAGGACAAUUUAUAUCACAUGCCCCGGUGCGAUGUGAGCAGUUUGUAUUGUACCUACACACAUAGCUAUAAGAACGAUUUUUUGUUUUUGUUACGUUUAUAAGUUGAUUUUUAGUUUAUACGCGAUAAGACGUUCUAGUUAUAGGUCUGUUUUUUUACCAUUACGAAACAACUUCCAUCACUUUUCUCGGUGCUUCAGACCAAUGCUAUUGUUACUCAUGCCAAAGUAAGAUUGAGGCAAUGAAAAAAGUUAUAUGUUUAUGUGUAGUUCAAAAUAUGACUUGUUUAUGUGUAUUCGAGAUAUUAGUAAGUGACAAAUUUUUACUUGAAUAUGUUACUUGUUGUAAGUUUAGUACUAAACCAGAACUCCAACUUUCCGAAUCAAUUGAAGUCAUCACAACAGAAAAUUAACAUUUUGGAUGAUUUUUUUACUUAAAUUCGGGGUAUUUAAUAGAAAAUAUGCUAAGUUGAGUUGAGCUUUUUACCAUCACAGUCGCAGAAGAUGUCUCAAAAAGCUUUACCGUGAUAGCGGAUGAAGAAGUUCCCAUAACUGUGGCAGACAGUGAUGAUGUUCGUGGAAGAUGUUCAGGAUUUUUCUGUGAUUUUGGCUUCUCCCUUUAAUAAAAUUUUGUAUUACCGUAGUUUAAGGUUUUUAUAAUUCUUUUUGUAAGUACUUCGUAUGGUUGGAGUUCAGAUAAUAGGAGUUCUACUAUUUUUCAUUGGGUAAUAAACAAAUUGUACGUAUGAGCUUGAAUUGCCUAAGCCACACAAUUUUGUACAAUUUCAAAACUACUUAAUUGAAUAUAACUACUUUGCAUUUAUUGCGUAAUUUAACAUCUCAAGUGUUUUUUAUAAUUUCGAACAAGUAAAGUUGUUUUUAUAAA